ACGGUCUCGUCUCGUCUCGCCCCUUGUACGCAGGCCACUCCAAGUACACGGGAUGAGCACCAAACGACUCCGAGGGACGGAUACGGCCAGCCAUCCCCGGCUCCCUCUCUUCCCCUUCCCCAGUUCCCCUCCCCGACAGCCACGGCGAGGUCUUUUGUUUCCCCUUCUCUCCUCCGCCUACCACCCCUGUGUUUCUCUCCUUCCGCUUCUCUCGCUCUCUCUCUCUCUCUCUCUCUCUCUCUCGGCCCUCGCCGCUUCUGUUUUGUUUUAUCUGCCGCGGUCCACGGCUGUGGAUCUUUGAGGGGUCACUUGAAAAUCCAAUCUUGCGGCGGCGGCCUCCAUGCUCAACUCUCUAUAGCGUGUAGCCUCCCUCUGGGUUGUUGCUGCCUCGCUUCUCCUCGUGAUCGGCCGCAUUGAGCUGUGGAUUCACGUCUGGUUCCCUUGACGCCGCCUGCGCGGGUGGUAUUUACUGCGCGCUUUCGGCGUCUCUUCUUUGCUCCCCUCCCAAUUUGCUCCGGCCGGGAGUAGAUGUCGCCAUGGCUGGGCAACUUGAGUAAAUUCUUCCCGUUCCUUGAAUUCGUUCCAUAGGUUUCUUUUCUGGCCAUGGUGAACGACGGUGAGCAAUCGGCGAUCGCCGCCGCCGUCGAGCCUGGCGUGGAGCGAGGUCGCGUGAGCGGCGGCGGGCGGCGGCUCGGGGAGGAGAGCUCGGACGAGGAUGAGGGGAGCCAGCGGUUCUCGGACGCCGAGGACCGGUCCUGGCACUCGCACUCGCGGCAAGGCUCCGCCUUCGAGUCCGCGUCCGCGUCCGCGUCCGUCGGCUGCGACGCCGGCGCCAGUGCCGGCGCCGGGGACGCUGCAGAGCGCGCCAGGAAGUCGUGCGUGUCGGAGUGCUCGCUGGACGACGUCGUCGACCUGGAGGCGGGGCUGGCCGAGAUCACAAAGGCUAGCCCGGACAAGGCCGAGAGGAACUGCCGCAUCUGUCACCUCGGCCUGGACAGCGCCGCCGACGAGUCCGGCGCCGGCAUCGUGCUCGGUUGCUCCUGCAAGAACGACCUCUCCUGCGCCCACAAACAGUGCGCCGAGACCUGGUUCAAGAUCAGAGGCAACAAGAUCUGCGAAAUCUGUGGCUCAACCGCGUGCAACGUGGCAGGUUUCAGUGAUGCGGACUUCAUCGAGCAGUGGAAUGAAUCGAGCAGCACCGCGGCCGCCCAGGCAACAACCGCCGAGCCUCGGAGGUUUUGGCAAGGCCACCGGUUCCUCAACUUCCUCCUCGCUUGCAUGGUGUUUGCAUUCGUCAUAUCCUGGCUCUUCCACUUCAAUGUCCCUGGAUGAGUCCUGGCGCGCAUUGUUCUCAAUAAAAGCUCCAGAGCCAAGACUGGUGAAGUAUGGGGGUAGUGCCAGAACGCAAACUGGCUUGGGCAUGGGCAGACCUGAAGAUUUGAAGAGAGUUGCUUGCGUGAAGUAAAGGGAGGUGUUAACUUAUUGAGAGUACGACUGCACAUGCUGCAAAAAAAAAAAAGAAGGAUGACGGGUUAUUCUGUAGAGAUUGGGUGCGCAUUCGCGAAAUCGGGGAAUGGAAGGAAGAUAGCAUGUUUCAUUGCUUCAUGUUUUCGUGAUUUGAGCAAGCAAUUUUCUGUUAGAGUUGCUUAUCAUAUAGUACUCUUGCAUCUGCUUACACCACAUUCUAUGUAGAUUCUUCUUGCAAUUCAGAAGGGGCGGCCAAAAGGCCGGACUGUGACCAAGUUUC